AUGAGAGGCUUCUUUAGUAAGAAAGCCCCAGUUCAAACUGCUGAAGAGCAACAAGCAGCUUUUUUUGGCGAACGCAAAACCUCUCCAGCUCCUCCUCCAGCGAGAGUACCUUCUCCCCAAACGAGUGCUCCCAGCGGAGCUGGGUCUAGUGCUUCUAGGAUUAAUGGAGGAUACGGUAGUUCUGGGGUGAAUAAAAAUGAAGAUCCACGGGGACAGCUCUUCGGCGGUGCUGGACAAAGACAACAGCAACAGCAACAGCAACAGCAACAACAAAAAUAUCAUGCUCCUCCAACUCAAGGCGGUUAUGGAAGGAAAGACGAGUAUUCUGGACAGCAUGGAGGAUACGGCCACCAGGGUGUACAGGGUCAGCAGGGUGGUUAUGGUCAACAAAGUAAUACAGACCGUAAUCUAACCGAAGCAGAGGAAGAGGAGGAGGACGUUGAAGCUGUCAAGCAACAAAUUCGUUUCACGAAGCAAGAGUCGGUGGCCAGCAGUCGCAAUGCUCUUCGUGUAGCUGCACAGGCCGAAGAAACCGGACGUAACACUCUUGCAAGGCUCGGAGCUCAAGGUGAACGCCUAUACAAUACCGAAAAGAAUCUCGAUCUUGCUUCUAGUCAUAGCCGUGUGGCCGACCAGAAGGCUAGGGAGCUCAAGGUUGCCAAUGGAAGCAUGUUCGCCAUCCACAUGAAGAAUCCACUUCGAUCAGCUUCCCGUGCUAAACAAGAAGAGGCACGGAUUCUUGCCCGCCAUCAAGAAGAGCGCGAGGAGAGGGAACGAACCAGAGAGUUUGGGUUCGAGAGCAAAAAUGGAGUUGGCAGAGCACUGAAUGGGAACGGCGGAUACAGUAAACCAAGCAGUAAAAUGAGCUUGGCGGAAAGGAGCAAGUACCAGUUUGAAGCAGACGAAAGUGAUGACGAGAAAGAAAGAGAGAUAGAGAACAACUUGGAUGCACUGGGAGCUGUUACCGGUAGGUUGAGAAAUCUGGCUAUGGCCACAGGCCAAGAGGUCGAUCGACAGAAUGCUCAAAUUGAUGUCAUCAUGAGAAAGAGCGACAAAGUCGAUGAUCAAAUCGCGAUCACUCACGGCAGGAUUCGUAAGAUCCAUUAG